AUGAAUCGAACUCUUGUUGAGAUGGCCCGAUCAAUGAUAUAUCACAUGGAAGUUGAUCGUUCUUGGUGGGGUGAGGCGAUAAUGGCGGCUGCUUACACCAUCAAUCGAAUUCCUAAUACUGCGCGACCCAACGUUAGUCCAUUUGAAACUCUUUAUGGGUCGAAGCCAGACUUAAGUCAUUUCCGUGUCUUUGGUUCGACUGGUUAUCUACGAGUCGCGGAUUGCAAGCGCACUAAAUGGGACAGCAAGGCAAACAAGUGUAUUUUUCUCGGGUAUUUGGAAAAUUCAAAGGCGUACCGAGUGUGGGAUAUUGCGAGAGGACAAUUGGUUACGACUAGGUCCGUUACGCUAAACGAGAGUCCUCCUUCGCGGUACAAAGAUGUUGUUGUUUUAGGUGAACCUUUAGCUCAAUGCAAUCAUUAUCAUGAUGAUUUAGACGAAGUAAAGGUGGAAGUACCUGAUUUGAACAAGAAUAACGAGGAUGACGAAAUGGACGUUGAUGAAACUGCUGACAAUGAUACUAGUUGGGAAGACAUGGUUGUGGAUGCGUCUGGAGAUCUCAAUCAGUCACAAAACUUAGAUGUUGUUCCGAUUGAGAGGGAGCGCACAGACAUACAAGUCAUUGACACAAACAAUUCGAUGAUACGUCGUACUUCACACGGAUCGGUCGCUGGAAGUAGCAAUAAUGGUACACACAUGCUCUCAGGAAUACCUGAUCAGUCGCGAGCUAUUAUAGUUUGUGAGAAUUCCCGUGCCCCAGAUGAUCGAAUGGAGAUAUACUCAGGGUCGGACAAAAGACCUUAUAGUACAUUCACGUCAUCUCGUCUACUCACGAAUGAUGAUUUUGACGAUGAGAGGAUUGAUCUACCGCUUUUAACUGAUGGAUCACCUGUCGAAGGCGAAAAUGAUGAGCCGGACCCUAAACGUCAAUGUGUUGACGAUUACGAAAUAUCGCUUUCUGCUACUGAUGUACCAAUGAAUUUACGAGAGGCGUUACAGUAG